AUGGAUAAUCCCCAGUCCGAGGACAUGAACAGCACCGAGUUGAACGUCACGUGCUGUCAUCUCGGAAUUACGCGAGGUCAGCACCUCCCCAACAAGCUGCAUGGAGCCACAGUCUUGUCGUUGAGAACGUAUGCUGACAAAGCACCAAUUGAUGCUGAUGUCACAGUUGUGGGCUCUGGGCCUGGAGGAUACGUCGCCGCCAUCAAAGCAGCUCAGCUUGGCUUUAAGACAGUAUGUGUGGAAAAGAACACGACCCUCGGAGGAACGUGCUUGAACGUGGGCUGCAUCCCGUCAAAGGCUCUGCUGAACAACUCGUACCUGUAUCAUCUGGCACACGGAAACGAUUUCGAAAGCAGAGGCAUUGAAAUUCAGGGGCUCUCAUUGAACCUGGAGAAGAUGAUGGCACAGAAGAGCGGGGCUGUCAAAGCUCUGACCGGAGGAAUCGCACACUUAUUCAAGCAGAACAAAGUAACUCACAUCAAUGGUUUUGGAACGGUAACUGGCAAGAGUCAAGUGACCGCAAAGACUGCUGAUGGAGAACAGGUCAUAAACACUAAGAACAUCCUCAUCGCUACUGGAUCAGAGGUCACCCCCUUCCCAGGCAUUGAGAUCGAUGAAGACACCAUUGUCUCAUCCACCGGCGCUUUGUCCCUCAAGAAGGUUCCAGAUGAGCUCAUCGUGAUUGGAGCUGGAGUCAUUGGCGUAGAGUUGGGGUCCGUAUGGCAGAGGCUUGGUGCCAAAGUCACAGCGGUGGAGUUCCUCGGCCACGUCGGCGGAAUGGGCAUUGACAUGGAGAUCUCCAAGAACUUCCAGCGAAUUCUCCAGAAGCAGGGGUUGAAGUUCAAACUGAGCACCAAGGUCAUGGGCGCCAGCAGGAGACCUGACGGCAAGAUCGAUGUGGCUGUGGAAGCUGCAGCUGGCGGCAAGAGCGAGACGCUCACCUGUGACGUUCUGCUGGUGUGCAUUGGCCGCCGUCCCUUCGCCAGUAACCUCGGCCUUGAGGCUGUCGGUAUAGAAAGUUGA